GAGCAUCCGCAUGGUAUAACGCUGACGAGCAGUUGAAGAGCAUCCCCGUCAUUGAUCGUUACCAUUAAACGGGAGGAUAGACGGCCCUUAUCCACGUCGCGUAUUUGUUCCGUCUUCUGAUCUCCCCGAUCCCUCGAAAUAUUAUUCGAUGAUUUCGGCCAGGACAGCGAGGACAAACAAACACAGAGAGAAUUUCAGUGAUCGAUCAAAUUGAUAAUGGUUGUGUGAUGUGGGAGUGUUUGGGCAUCGCAAUUAGCAAUGAAAACUGCUUUUUCGGCGCCCGGAGAUUACAUCUACUUCAAGUCCCAGGUUCCUCUCCAUAAGAUACCCAUUGGCACAAAGCAAUGGCGAUAUUAUGAUUUUGGUCCUAAAGUGGUACCUCCUCUUAUUUGUCUUCCUGGAACAGCAGGGACAGCGGAUGUAUACUACAAACAAAUCAUGUCAUUGUCCAUGAAGGGUUACCGAGUGAUUUCUGUUGAUAUUCCCCGGGUAUGGAAUCAUCACGAGUGGAUUCAAGCGUUUGAAAAGUUCUUGGAUGCUAUUGAUGUUCAUCAUAUACAUCUUUAUGGUACAUCCCUUGGGGGCUUCUUGGCACAACUUUUUGCUCAGCAUCGUCCAAGACGGGUUCGGUCAUUGAUACUAUCCAAUUCUUUUCUGGAUACAUGCAGUUUCUCUGCUUCAAUGCCAUGGGCUCCUGUCGUCAGUUGGACCCCUUCAUUUUUGCUGAAACGAUACGUAUUAACUGGAAUUCGUGAUGGCCCCCAUGAACCAUUCAUUGCAGAUUCAGUGGACUUUGUUGUUUCUCAGGUUGAAACACUCUCAAAGGAUGACUUGGCCUCCAGGUUAACUUUGACAGUUGAUGCUGCUUCAGUUGGUCCUUUGCUGCUUUCAGAUUCGUUUAUAACCAUAAUGGAUACAAAUGAUUACUGUGCAAUUCCGCAACAACUGAAACAUGAUGUGCGGGAGAGGUAUCCUGAGGCGAGGAGAGCAUUUUUGAAAACUGGGGGAGAUUUUCCCUUUCUUUCACGUCCAGAUGAAGUUAACUUACAUCUUCAGCUGCACAUGAGACGGGUUGGUGUAGAAGCUCGAGCGGACUUGGUCCCAGGCGUCUCAAAGGGAGGUAGUGCUGGAAGUCCUGGUGAAGGUAACGAUGGAAGAGAAGAUCCUGAUGAUCCACCGAGGGAUGACGGGGAACCCUCUGAAGGCCCUUCCACAGAUAGUCAGCUGCAUCCAAAUCCAGAAAGUUCAGAAUCUCGCAGUUUAGGCGACCAGCCCCUCAGCAAUGCGAGAGUCUGCCACGUGUUCAAUGAAGAUAUAAUGGUGCUUUUCUUACCUCAUUUACAGGACAUUUUAUUUCUGCAUUUGUUUCCUCUUUAUUUGGGGUCAUUGUGCAUUACUUUGAACAAUUGUUGGAAAGUCAGACGAAGUAUAAAUUGAGAUUUUUGCUGCAGUUGUUGCAAAGCAAGUCUAUUUCGGAUGGUUAGUGUCUGUAUACUGUUGCACAUUUGGCAUUUCGGAUUGUGUUUUAAUUUAAUGUGAUUUUUGUA